GGGGUGCGCGAGUCCGCGCCGUGUCUGUGCGCGCCCGCUCCGCUCCGUGUGGACACCGGACCGCUCGGUAAAGAGAGAAAUCCGCAACAAGAGACUUUUCGGAACCGAGGCGCAGAGACGCGGCCGCCCGGCGCUCCCACAGAAUGUGACGCAGUUGGAGGCUUUGCCACCCCCCAUGCCCCUCCACGCUUUCUAGCCUGGUGUUCUAGAAUGUUCCUGAAGACGGUUCCUCCGGUGGUGGCAGUUCACUCAGAAUGGAGGUCCGGUAAGAGCUUCAGCCUGCCGCUCUGCUUCAAUGACAGUGCUUCAGACAGCGACUUCACGUCCGCCAGCGGAACCCCGAUCACCCACAAAGUCCAGAUGAUCAUCGACAGCCUCUGCAGCACGCAGUCCUCCGAAAUGAGCGACAGCGUGCAGGCCAACGCCGGCGCCCAGUCCGCCCUUGACCUGGCCAGGCACACUGGCCACAAGGCUAAGCCUCGCCACGUGGAGGCGCUUUCAAGAUCCAGAUGGGCUGCUUCAGACUGCAGCAAGCUCCAGGCAGCUGGCUUGGUUGCGAGCGAAGGUUCUGACAGCGACGAUUCUGUGGACCGAGGGAUCGAGGAGGCCAUCCAGGAGUACCUGAAGGAGAAAGUGGACCACCAGCGUAAAGGGGAGCCAGCCAUGAGUCCACUGCCAACUCCCAAAGUCACCCAAAGAAGAGAGCCCGAAACUCCUAAACAGCUCUCACAUUCCAACAGCAAUAAGGUGCUAACCGCAAGUAACCAUGACCAGAAAUGUUCAAAAGGGAUCCAACCCUUGGUGACCUUGAAGAAGGCGAAAAAGAAGCCGAGCAAAGAAAACCCCUUCAGAAAAAUGGACGCAGCUAAAACUUCGCCUGCAAAAGCUCCACCGUCCUCUGGAGCACGGAAGGCCUCGUCUUCUUCGCUUGGGGCGGACAGAACGCCUCCUCCCCUCCACAUAAAAGAGGAAGAGGAGUCAUCGCAGGACUCCAGUAGUGAUGACGGCAUUGAGGAGGAAAUCCAGAGGUUUCAGCAAGAGCAGAAAGAACGUCACGAGAAAUCUUUGCACGUGAAGGAGGAGCUGGAAUCCAGCAGCGAUGAUGGCAUUGAGGAGGCCAUCCGGCAUUACCAGCAGGAAAAGGAGAAGCAGGAGAAACAUAAACUUCACCCAAAGCAGAGUCCUUUGGUGGCUACGCAGAACAGCAAAGUGCCCAUCCUUCCACCUGCAGAUCACGUUAGUGUUCAGCCGCUUAAAAACCUGACCAAGAAGAAGACCAAGAAGAAAAGUGCAGCCCCUGAGAGGGAGGUAAAGUGUGCUUCGCCUAAGCCUCUAGCUGUGAGCCAUUCUCUUAACUUGUCUCCGGCACCCAGCCUGAAGGCAAGAGGAGAUGCCGUUUGCACGGUCAGAGCUGAAGAGCCAGUGGUCGAGCAUCAGAUCCACUCCACCCUAACGGUGAACACCACAGCUGAGCUGAUGUGUGCUGAGGCCAUUUUGGACAUCUCCAAGACAGUCAUGCCUGCAGCAUUCGAACCCAGCCUAAGUCUGGCAAAGAGUACGGUGGUAGAGGCCCCACUUCUCUUUCCCUCUGGUCUUCCCUUGCAGCCGGAUGAGAAGAGUGACGAGAGCUCUGUGGACAGCGAGGACGGGAUUGAACAAGAGAUCCGCAAGUUUCUGGAACUCAAGGCGAAGAUGCACGAAGAGCCACCAGCACCGUCGCCUGUCACUUGCCCCGGAGGUCCCGUAGCUCCUAAAGUGUUCCAGAAGAAGAACGCCGACAGUGACCAGAGCAAAGCAGAAAGACUGUCACUCACACGCAAAAGGAAACACAAGGAGGAGGAAGACAAGAAAAGGCAAAUUGUCGAUAAAUGCUGUAAGGAGGAGUCUCAGCCCAGGCCAGUUACCCAGAUCAACACUUCUCCUGCCAUGGCAUCACAUACCUGUAGCCCGAUCGCAGCAAGACACUCGAAGCCAAGACAGAACUCUCCCUUUCAUGGACACCCAGAAGGAUCUGUAAGCAAGGAAAAAGUUUCCAGCAGCCCCUCAAGGGCUCCAAGGCCUCUGGUUUGUCCAGAGAGAAAUUACAGCAGUGAUAAGAGCAGUUCACUGGAUAGUGAUGAAGAUCUCGAUGCGGCAAUAAAAGACCUUCUUAAGACAAAGAAAAGAGUGAAAAAGAAAGUGAGAGACAUGAAACUCAAGGCACAAAAGAGACUGAAGCUCACAGAAGCUCCUGACACCUUCAGAAAACACAAACCUGUCACGGAGCAGAAGAUCUUUCUCGCUGCGAAACCGGCCAAGAGCAGCAAGGAGCUGCAUGGAGGUUCUAAGCACAGGGGUCUGAAGCCACAUCAGAGCAGCAAGAAGCCUGCAGAAGCAGAGCAGGAGAAAGGUGCCGGAGUAAGGACAGCAGCGGACCCUCAACCCUGUGUGCAUGUGGAUGAAGACAGCAGCUCAGUGGACAGUGAUGACAGCAUCGAGCAGGAGAUCCGCAGGUUCCUUGCUGAGAAAGCAAAAGUGACGACGGUGGUAGCGCCUUCAGUGAAGCGAGAGGACUCUGGGGAAGUCGCCUCCACAGCCACUAGGCUCAUAGAGCGGGACAUUAAAGUAGAGGAGCCAAAGACAAAAGAAUCUGCUCCUGCUGGGGCUUCGCCAAGUCUUCAGAGGACAGAUCAACAGCUGGACCACGAGCGACCACAGGAGAUGUCUGUGACACCUGUGAUUAUGCCGAGACUUGCCGACACCGCUGCAGCGUCCGGUGAGCCUCCGAUGGUCACGCAAGGCGGUAGGACAGAAGCAGUGUUGGCAAGGACCUCAGAUGAGUGGAGGAACGGAAGCUUGGAUGCAGGAAAGAAUCAGGUGUCCUUCAGGGAAGGAACCAGCUCUGACCCGUUUGUGGUGGGUUUGACAGGCACCUGGGAAGCCCAGUGCCAAGUCCAGCACCAGAACCUUUUCUUGAUGAAGCCAGAGAACUGCAGCAUGACCGAUGUUAGGGAAGCCACCAUGGUGGACUUCAGAGACUUGUCGAGUGGCCUUCAGAACAGGAAUAGAAUCCCUUUAAAGGAGGUUAUUAGCAUUGUGUGUCCCUCCCCUGUAAAACCCCCCCUCAGCACCCCCCCGGAGAUGCCCAAGGGAGAUCGGUUGCACUCGGUAACCCCCGACAGCAGGACAGAUACGUUCUACCUGCACAGUCGGAUAAAGAGGCCACAUUGGGACCAACCACCUUUCCUUUCCCCCAGUACCCCUUACCCUCACCCCACUAACCUGAACCCUAACACCAGACACCUGUCCUCAAACCCUCCGCACCUGUCCCCUAACCCUCCGCACCUGUCCCCUCACCUGCCCACUAACCCAUCCCACCUGUCCUGCGCACCCCUGCCUCCUGCCCUGUCCCAGCCGCGCAUCACCGCCAGUGUGGUGCGCCUGCGGAGGGACCAGGCGGCGGUCAUUCCGCUCUCCCCACACAAGACCAACCACCUGCAGCUCAGAAACAGGCAGGAAGAGAGGGAGAAAGAGAGGGAAAGAACAAGUGAUGGAAGACAGGAUGAGGAUGAGAGGUGCAAAGAUGAGACAGAUGUAGAGUUAGGUGAGGAGAGGAGAGCAGAGCAGCAGAGGCUAGAUAAGAGACUCCAGCGUUCCACUCAGUGAGUAUAGACAUACACGC